UGACGUCACCAUUCACUUAGGAAUUAAGAAAUGUAUUCAAAACUGUGAGAUUUUCCUGAGAUUUUCGUCUGUCAGAAGGAAGUAAAAAAGGAGUGUUUAUAUUUGGUUGAAUAUGGCUGAAUGACCGAAAAGCUUGGACAAGCUUUGAYGGUUGUUUUAUGCAGAUGGUCAAGAAUUCAUCACCCACUGAAAGGGUCAAACACAACACRAAUGCUUGCUGGUUUUGAAUGGCAGAAGCUUUCUGAAACCCUUUGAAAUUUGCUUACAAUUUACGCCAGACAGCUCUUCAGUUAUAAACAGCUUUUCUACUGUUAGGGAGCGUUUAUGUUCUUGGGAAUACUCGAUUCGACAGGGCGAGAUCUUGAAGGAUACACYACCGAAUGACGUGCUGCAUUUGAAGCGAAUAGUCAGACAAAAUCUCAAACAAACUUGAAAUCGUAUAUUAUUAGACCAUUGCAAAGUCAACAUGUCAAACGAAAUAGGCUCAGAAACRACGACCCAUGUACCGUUGYUGAGAUAUGAUGAAGAAGAUUCACUCGUUGGUCUUGGCGGGAGUCGGGAAGAAGGAAUGGCGGACACAGAUAGYCUUGAAGGACAUAUAAUCACGGUUGUCAAGCCAUCAAACCGCUAUUCCCUGCCUGUUCUUGUCAARAAAMCAGUCUUCUGGUUGAUAGUGCUUGUUUCUAUCCUAAUAGUCGCUUGCAUUGUGCUUGGAGCAUUGUUAUCUGCGUCAAAAAAGCGCUACAUAAAAACGGAACAAGAGUUGAAAGUCGCGCAAGACGCUUGCYUGACUGAUGGCUGCUUGGACGCUGCACAUUACAUGUACCAUGCUAUUAACCACACUGCCGAUCCUUGCGACGACUUCUUUCAAUAUUCCUGUGGUGGCUGGGUAAAAAACAACCCAAUUCCUGACAGUGAAGCAUUUUGGGGUACCUUUUCAUUUCUCUGGGACCAAAACAUGCAGACCAUGAAGCGACUACUCAACGACAAAGAACUUUCUCAAUCGAAAAGUUCGUCCAUUCAUUUAGCGAAAACAUUUUAUGAUUCGUGCAUGGAUUUGGAMAAAUUAGAUGCRCUGAAAGAUGCCCCACUUCAAAAAAUUCUCAAAGACAUCGGUGGUUGGAGUAUUUCUGGAAACUGGAGCGAARAUGGGUUUUCUCUCCUGGRAAUGUUGAAGAAAGUUCAAAACAACUAUCAUAAUUCUGCGUUUUUUAGCUAUUUUGUCAACGCAGAUGACAAGAAUUCUUCSAAAAAUAUUAUUAAGGUAGAUCAAGCUGGACUGGGCAUUGAGAGAAGCUAUUACCUCGGCAAUGAAACAGAAAAGAACUUAAAGGCUUAUCACGAUUACAUGACAACGGUGGGUGUUUUACUCGGAGGAGAGAAGAACCAUGUUGAACAACAGAUGAUGGAUGUUUUGAAUUUUGAAAAGGAACUUGCAAAGAUUUUUGCUCCUCCCAACAAUCGUAGUCAAAUUGACCAGGUUUACAAAAAAAUGAAAAUCAAAGACCUCAUUMAAAUCAGCCCAAAGAUACCCUGGUUAGACUUCUUCUCUGCUGCAUUCAGUGAUAUAGCCASCAUCAAAGAGACAGAUGAUAUCGUUGUUUUUGCAACAGAAUAUCUGUCAAAGCUUGAAUCAGUCAUAAAUGGGGCAAACAACAAAGUUUUAAACAACUACAUGGUAUGGCAAGUUGUUCAUAGCAAGGUACCAAUGCUCUCUGCUGAAUUCCGAGAAGCUCAACACCAGCUGAACAAGAUUUUGGAAGGUACAACAACUGUGGAAGAUCGCUGGAAGACAUGUAUUUCAGUAACUGAUGGGAGUGUUGGCAUGGCACUUGGUAAUCUAUUUGUUAAGGAAAAGUUUCAAGGUUCUAGCAAGAAACAGGCAACUGACAUGAUAGAAGCUAUCAGGGAUGCUUUUAAGAGAAGACUUCCUCUGUUAGAUUGGAUGGAUGAUAAGACACGCUUUGCUGCUAUUGAUAAGGCUGAUGCUAUUGUUGAAAUGAUUGGGUUCCCUGAUUAUUUGACAGAUUUCAAGAAACUAGAUGAGAAAUACAAAGGACUGACUUUCUCAGUUGAUGAAUACUUUGACAAUAUGUUGAAACAUGAAGAAUUCUCCAGCCAGAAAGAAAAGAAAAAUCUGAGAAAACCAGUGGAAAAAGACAAGUGGUUGAUGACGCCACAGACAGUCAAUGCAUAUUACAGUCCAUCAAGAAAUCAGAUUGUAUUCCCUGCUGGUAUACUACAAGCUCCAUAUUAUGACAAGCGAUAUCCAAAGUAUUGUAACUAUGGUAGCAUUGGUGGUGCAGUUGGACAUGAACUAGUACAUGCCUUUGAUAAUUCAGAGGCGACCACACCGAACCUCACCCUGAAACCCCGACAAUGA